AUGGGUAUAAAAGAGCCGCGUUGGGAUCGAAGGCAGCAACACUAUUGGUUCAGCCUCCCCAGCAGCAGCAGGAAAAUUAGCCACAGCAAGAUGUAUAAAGGAAUUUUAUUUGUGACUCUGGCCUGCCUGACGACCUCCAUCCUGGCAGCUCCUGCUCCUGAACCUGCUCCUGCUCCCGCUCCCUCGCCCAGCAUUGGAUUCGGACAUGGCUACGGUGGAUACGGCCUGGGAUUGGGCCUAGGCAUCGGGCACUACGGAGGACUCUAUGGCGGCCAUUACGGCGGACACUUUGGAGGAAUCGGGCUGGGACUGGGCUACCAUGCACCCAUCAUCUCCAAGACGAUCAUCGGCAAGAGCUAUGGCCUGGGCGGCUAUGGUUAUGGCCUGGGCCACGGAUAUCUCGGAGGCUACGGACACGGACUGUACGGAGGACACGGUCUGGGUCUGGGCCUGGGAUACGGACUGGGCUAUGGCUACGGCCAUGGUUGGUAG